GUCGGUCGAACUUCAUCAAAACAAUCUUGGCAAGAUGGCAGCGGUGGUGGAUGCGGUUCCCGAACCAAAAGCCUGUGAAAUGAAUGAAACUGGUGUCGCGAAAGAUGAGAUCGAAGAAGUGGACCCCGCUGAUCCACAAGCAUCUGAGGGCAAGAAGAAAAGAAGAAGAAAGAAAAAGAAAAAUACAGGUGAGGGCAAUGAAGGAAGUGCAGUGAAUGGGGAGAUAGAGAAAUUGACAGAAGAUCUGAAAAAUCAAAAGAUGGAGGAGAAACAGCCCAAUGGAGAAGCAAACAUCCCGGACGAUGGAGAGGACAAGGAGGAGGAUGGAGCCGGUGGGGAGGGUGGAGCAGAAGGAGGAAAGAAGAAAAGAAAAAGGAAAAAGAAGAAGGCAGGUGGUGGUGAAGGAGGAGAGAAUCAAGGUGCUGAAAAGGGCAAUAGUUCACAAGCAAAGAGCAAUAAGCAGACGGACCCGCCCACUGUGCCGAUAUCAGAACUGUUCUCUGGAGGACCUUACCCAGUCGGACAGGAAGUGGUUCACCCAGAUGUUGAUGGGCAAUCAGCACAAUGGAGGGUCACAAAUGAAGAAAAGAAGGCAUUGGACAGAUUACAGAAUGAUGUGUACAAUGAUCUGAGGCAGGCUGCAGAGGCACACAGACAAGUUAGGAAAUAUGUACAGAGUUUCAUCAAACCAGGCCUAACAAUGAUAGAUAUAUGCGAGCGAUUAGAAACUGCUUCUAGGAAACUGAUCAAUGAGAGUGGCUUGAAGGCAGGUCUAGCAUUCCCUACAGGGUGUUCCAGAAAUCACUGUGCUGCCCACUAUACACCCAAUGCUGGUGAUCCUACAGUGCUAGAGUAUGAUGAUGUCUGCAAGAUUGACUUUGGCACUCACAUAAAUGGUCGGAUUAUUGACUGUGCCUUCACAGUCACAUUCAACCCAAGGUACGAUCAAUUGCUGGCAGCCGUUAAGGAUGCAACAAAUACAGGCAUCAAGGAAGCUGGAAUCGAUGUGAGAUUAUGUGACGUUGGUGAGAGGAUACAGGAGGUGAUGGAAUCCUAUGAAGUGGAGUUGGAUGGCAAGACGUACCAGGUGAAGCCCAUCCGCAAUCUCAACGGACAUUCCAUCGGACAGUACAGGAUACACGCUGGAAAGACAGUACCCAUUGUCAAGGGAGGAGAGGCAACUAGGAUGGAGGAGAAUGAGUUCUACGCAAUAGAAACAUUUGGAAGUACGGGUAAAGGAUUUGUGAGAGACGACAUGGAAUGUUCUCACUAUAUGAAAAACUUUGAAGUUGGCCAUGUUCCUCUAAGGAUGCAAAGAUCUAAGGCCCUUCUAAAGACUAUUAAUAAUAACUUUGGGACGUUAGCCUUCUGUCGUCGAUGGCUCGACAGACUAGGUGAAACCAAGUACUUGAUGGCUCUCAAGAAUCUAUGUGACACAGGCUUGGUUGACCCUUACCCACCCUUGUGUGAUGCUAAAGGAUGCUACACAGCCCAGUUUGAACACACCAUCAUGCUUCGACCAACAUACAAGGAGGUGGUCAGUCGUGGUGAUGACUACUAGUCGUAGUCAGCCAUGUAAAUCACCCAUUUUAAUAGUAACCUAGGUGAUGAAUACUAUCAACAGUCACACCUCGUGAUGGUUUCCAGUUGUUAUUCACCCGUUAGGGGGAUAAACUGCCUUCCGAAUUGAAAAAAAAAUAUGAGGAAAAAAAAGUAACAACUAGAUCCUUAACGAUAUUCCUGCUACUGUUACUGAUUUAGAAAACACAACAAAUACUAAAGCAAGCCUUUUCUGUACUCUCACCGUCAUUUCUUCUAUACUGUGCAAGGUUUCCACAGUUGAGGGACAACCUUAAAAUCAUGAAAUAAUUAUUUUUGUGUGAAGCGAUGGAAUUUGGGGAGAAAAAAAUUCAAGGAAUUGUGGAAAAGAGUCUCCAUGGUAAGCUCUCAAAGUAGGGGAGGUGCAAAAGGGGGAAAGGGGGGGGCAGUGCCAUCUUAUGAUUUUUCAAGUAGAGUGAAAAAAACAGAAAAAAAAGGGAAGGAACAUGAAGAUUAAAAAAAGAGAGGUAAUUGUCUUUUAACUCUAUAUGUUAACCCGUUGUUCUUGGUGUGCGACAUUUAGUAUUUUACGUGAGCCCUCUUCAGAGUGGAUUUGGCAUUGUAUAUAAAGUCCAAUUAUUGUUAUGAUUAAUUUAUAUAUAGACAAGUUAGAUAUAUAAAAAAGGUUUUAGUUCCAUGUCUCUACUUUAUGUACCUAAAAUCUUGAAAAAAAAAACAUGUGAGGCGUUUUUCAUAACUCGCCUGCUUUUUUCUGGAAUAAGCUGCUUGAACAUCUAAAAAGUAUGUAAUCCUAUGAAAACUUAAUCAGUUGUCUGAAGACAUGUCUUUUCAGUUUUAAUAUAUUUCAUGUAUUUAAUUUGAAUCAUGGACCUGGUACACAUUUCUUUGUCAUUCCCCUUUUCUUAUUGUGCAUGGAGACAUGUUAUACACUAUAUGAAUGUGUUAUCAUAAUCAGUUUCAUAUACAUGACUACAAUUUCAGUCUUUUGUCAUGUUUCAUGUUGUUAUGUUGAUUUACUUUAACAUGAGAAGUAUGAUGAAUGGCCCUGAUUUCUUUUACAGGUAUCUAUUCAAACUAAAAAAUGUCUUCCAUGGAGAUCAUUUUCUUUUAUGAUCAUGCUUAAAGUUUCCGUCAAAUUAAACAAAAAAAAACAGUAUAAUAAAUGUUGAUUAGAUUAUCAGUGAAAAAUGGCUAUUUGCUGAAAAUACAUUUCGUUGUUUGUCCUAUUUUCUUGUUUAAAUGAAAAGUUGUAAUGGUCUCAAAUUAUGAUUUCUUGAGCACUUUGUGAUUUGGAGUAAGAAUGGAGGAAAGUGUGGGUUGGAUGUACAAACGUUUGAUUAUUUUAUGGAUUUGCCCUUAACACGAUAAUUUUACAUAUUUAAUUGCUGCAUUUAUAGUAGCCGGUGAACAAACAUCUCACUUUGGUUUGUUGAAAAGUGUUUGAUCAUGGAGCUAUAGCUCCAUGGUUUGGUCAUACAUACUUCACCUGCUCUUUGGAAAAGAUAAUUUGUUUACUCAUGAAUGGAAUGAAAAUGUUUUAGGACAGGAAUUUCUAUUACAGAUGCAAACUUUAUUUAUUUGCGAUCGGUGAAUCAAGAUCUGAAUGUUGUAGUAUUGAAGAGUGAGAUUAUUUGAGUUUUUCUUCUUUCAUUCCUUCAGUGAUGUCCUAAUGCAUUUUUGAGAUGGUGUUUCUUUUACUUUAACUUCUAUUCACAAUUGUGUAGUGAAAAUUAUGGAUCUUUGCAUACUUGCAAGAUUGUUUUUUUAUGUGGGGGGGGGGGGAGUGGA